UCUCUCACCAUCUUGCACCAGCCACCAUUGCGAGACGUUACAAAUCAAUAUAAUGGCUCCCACCUCUUCACAACUUUACUAAACCAGUCAUACCCAGCUCAUUAUUUCUUGCUUUGCUUCUAAUCCCUCCAUUUUUUAUCUUAUGUUUUUCUUUGAUGAAUUAGAGCUUUUGAGCUUUUUGUUCUUACUUUUCUGCGAGGAAGAGAAGUGAGAAUCUUUGUGUUUGUUCUGCUUGUAGUUUUUAAGAGCUUAUUCAAAUGGAUAAAAGGUCAUCCUUGGAUUUUGAAGAUAAGGCCGAGAGAGGGAAGAAGGGUGGCCGUGGUUCUAAACAGGACUUCAUGCUUCCUACUAGCGUCGACCCUUUUGUGCCAAGAGCAGACCACUAUAAUCCUAGAGAGCUGAGAUCUUGGGCGAAGCGAACUGGGUUUGUCUCGAAUUACUCAACUGAGACCAGUGCCAGUGAGAGGAACGACAGCUCCGCUGGGUUUGAUUUGGAGAAGGGUCAUGGCCAUAGAGCAGAUGAGUCGUCUCCCAAAAUCGAGAUCGACCCCAUUUUGGGCCGUACUAGGCAUAAUAUAGGAGCUGAGAUUGAGCCUGCUUCCGGGAAUGUGAAUGGAGUGAGGAGGAACGAGAAUGAUGGGGUUCGGGGAUUAAGAGAUGAGAAUCAGAGGAGAAGGAUUAGGGACGAACCCGUUGGUAGAGAAGAUGGGAGGAGAGUUGAUUUUAAUGGGAACGGCAAUGAGAAAGGGAAUGAGAUUGCAGAUAGGGAUGUGAAUAGAGUUGGCAAUGGAAAUGGGAAUAGGAAUGGAGUUGGAAUUGCAGCAGUUAAUCAAGCAGAGGAGCCAAAAAGAGAUGAAGGUAAAGAUGAAAUGGAUGUGGAAAUGAAUUCAAUUCCAGAUGGUGAAGAGCUUGCUCAUGGAGGGUGGCGUGGGCCAACCGGAAUCAAAUGUGGCCCUAGGGACAAUCCGGGGUUUGUACCACUAAUGUGUUACGGCCUACAGCACUAUUUAUCAUUGGCUGGCUCUCUUAUAUUCAUUCCCUUGAUUAUUGUUCCAGCUAUGGGUGGAACAGAUAAAGAUACUGCCACAAUGAUUUCAACAAUGAUUCUGGUUUCUGGAGUUACAACAAUAUUGCACUCGUACUUCGGAACUAGACUCCCACUAGUUCAGGGAAGCUCAUUUGUAUAUUUGGCACCGGCAUUGGUUAUUAUAAAUGCUCAGGAAUAUAGAAAUCUUACAGACCAUAAAUUUCGACAUAUCAUGAGAGAACUCCAAGGGGCUAUAAUCAUUGGAUCAAUAUUUCAAAGCCUCCUGGGAUUUACUGGUUUAAUGUCUCUUUUGUUGAGAUUGAUAAACCCUAUAGUGGUUGCACCAACUGUUGCUGCAGUAGGUUUAGCGUUUUUCAGUUAUGGCUUUCCGCAAGCUGGUAGUUGUGUGGAAAUUAGUGUUCCACUGAUACUGUUGGUUCUUAUAUUUACCCUGUACCUUCGUGGAGUAUCCAUCUUUGGGAGUCGUGUAUUUAGAAUUUAUGCGGUUCCCCUAAGUGUAAUUAUUAUAUGGAUAUAUGCAUUUUUUUUGACGGCUGGUGGUGCAUAUGAUUACAAAGGCUGCAGCUCCAACAUACCAAGUUCAAACAUACUAAAUGAUGGAUGUAGAAAACAUGCAUAUACCAUGCAGCAUUGUAGGACAGAUGUUUCCAAUGCAUGGAGAACGGCUGCAUGGGUUAGGAUUCCCUAUCCUCUUCAGUGGGGCAUGCCCAUCUUCCAUUUGCGGACCUCAAUUAUUAUGGUCAUAACAUCACUUGUUGCAUCAGUGGAUUCGGUUGGUACAUACCACACAACAUCUAUUCUACUCAAUUUGAAGCCUCCAACACCAGGAAUUGUGAGCAGAGGGAUUGCAUUGGAGGGUUUCUGCAGUAUUUUAGCCGGACUUUGGGGCUCUGGAACUGGGUCCACAACCUUAACGGAAAAUGUGCAUACUGUUGAAGUCACAAAGGUGGCUAAUAGAAGGGCCGUGGAAUUUGGAGCACUUUUUCUUAUCAUUUUCUCAUUUAUAGGAAAAGUUGGUGCCAUUCUUGCUUCUAUACCGCUGGCCUUAGCUGCUGCUACACUCUGCUUCAUGUGGGGGCUUACUGUGGCUUUGGGUCUCUCAACUUUGCAAUAUAGUCAAACAGCAAGUUUUAGAAACAUAACAAUAGUUGGUGUUUCCUUAUUCCUUGGUUUGUCUAUCCCUGCUUAUUUUCAACAAUAUCAAUCCGAAUCCAGCUUAAUUCUGCCCAGUUAUUUCAUUCCUUACUCUGCAGCAUCGAAUGGGCCAGUUCAUUCUGGUAGUAAACAAAUUGAUUUUGCUAUAAAUGCACUUUUGUCAUUGAAUAUGGUGGUGACACUCUUGGUUGCUUUCGUGCUGGACAACACUGUCCCAGGUAGUCGGCAAGAACGAGGGGUGUAUAUAUGGUCACACGCAGAAGAUAUCAGAAGUGAUCCAUCUUUACUUGAAGAUUAUUCUUUGCCAGGGAAAAAUGGCCGAUGUUUAUGUUUGCCAAAAUGCUUUGGGGGGUGACAGUUUUGAAUCUUUCCUCAUCUAGUGAAGAGGCUCUACGAAAACCCUCGGCUGAAGAUAUGGACACCGGAGCUUCAAGAUAUAGGAGAUAGUUGCUGUUGAUAUACAUAUAUAGCUUCUUACACGAUAGUGAAAAUUUCUGGCUACUACCAGGUUAGUGAAAUUUGUUCCAUUCACGGACCAAUCAUUAUUAUUCCGGGUUGUACAAUAGUUAAAAUUUAAUACAUUCUUUCAAAAGGUUACUUA